GGAGAAGUUCGCUAUCAGCAGUAUCAAGUCAGCAUUUCCAUUGAACAUGGUUCUUCCCGAAAGGUUCUCUACCACGAGUACAUGAUCGACAGCGACAUGGGUUGUCUGGUCAGCCAUACGAGCUUGGCCGGAAAUCUGUACCAAAUUUACCUCCUUGUACUGAGCAGUUACUGUCUCCCUGACCCUUUGACGAUGCAGACGGGUACAGAAGAAGCUCUUCGUGAACUUCAGUCCGCGACAUGCUUUUCGUUCCAAUCGAUCCAGAAGCACGAAAUUGCACUGUUGAAUAAGAUCAGUACCUUGACUCCGCGCCGCUCCUGGACCACCAAAUCGCAAACCAGCCACUGUGUUCACUGGCAAAUUGGCGUGUCGACUCUAUCUCAGCACUACUAUUUUUCUAAGCUUGUCGGUUCUGUUUUGCAGCAUGCCCUUGAAAUGCAAGUCUUUGCAGAUAAGCCAGAUGGUGACAUUGAUAGUAAAGAUCCUACACCGUCCCGCCUUUCGCUCCGUGCAACGUUCCGUCUAGCCGCGUUCUACCCUGAGGAGUUUUCCUUUGCUCUUUCAUCAAAGAAGCGGGGUGCAGUUCAUCAGUCUCGGGAUCUUGAGCGCGAGUAUGAGAAUAUCUCAUCGAACAUGUCACGCAUGGUGCAGAUCGGCCCGUCCGCACUGACUCAUCCCCGAAUCUACUGACUAGGUUCUACGAAUGGAACGCCAUUGGACCCUGUGACAGUGGAGAGGACUUUUCCUUCUCUUAUAAGAGACAUUGGCUCAGCGCAUCUUAUUUGUAGCGCAACUGGAUUUCGUUCAUCUACGCAGUACACUCAAGUCCGCAAAAUCCCGCAUCUCUCCAGAGGCGCCAUUGGCAGUCGAUCUUCACUUUCUCCGCUUUGACAUAUUGUGAUGAUCAGCCUCAUCACUUCAUCUUGACCUUUCGGUUGAAACCAAGCCUAGCCAGAUAAAAGUGAAG